UUGGAUUGGGGAGUUUUGGUUUUGCAUGCAUGUAAGAAGGAUAAACAUAAAAUGGUGUGAUGCGAAAUUAGGAGAGAAAUUAAAAAAAGAAAAGGAAAGAGUCAUCGACGUCGACCCACGUGUUCACGCUUGGCAUAUACUUCCUUCUCCACCUUUCCUUCUUUCACCGCCCUUCAAAAAAUUUCCCCCUAAAUCGAAUUAACCCCCAAUUUUCUGGUUUUUUUGUUGGAGGAAAUUUUCGCAAUCUCGCCACCCCCAAUCCCAAAUCUCUCUUCUUCUCUGAUUGAUUGGCCGGCCUGCUGAUAUGGUGGCGGGGUUGUUUGGCCUUUCGGCGGAGGAGGCCGUCGUCGCGCUCCGCCUCAAGGCCGCCACGAGUUGGUGGGACAUAGUCAAUCACUCUGCCGCUUGGCAGGACCGUAUUUUCCAUGUGCUCGCUGUGCUUUAUGGGAUCGUCGCUGCUGUUGCUCUUGUACAAUUGGUGAGAAUACAAUUGAGAGUACCCGAGUAUGGUUGGACGACUCAGAAAGUAUUCCAUUUUCUAAAUUUCUUAGUCAAUGGAGUUCGUAGCAUUGUGUUUGCAUUUCGUCGGGACGUUCAGAAGUUGGAUCCGGAGAUUACCCGUCACAUUUUGCUUGAUUUGCCAAGUCUUGCGUUUUUCACAACAUAUGCAUUGCUUGUACUGUUCUGGGCAGAAAUUUACUAUCAGGCUCGUGCUGUAUCUACUGAUGGUCUGAGGCCUACCUUUUACACAGUAAAUGGUGUGGUUUAUUUCAUUCAGAUGGUUCUGUGGUUAGUUCUAUGGUGGAAGCCUGUUCAUGUAGUGGUGGUUUUAUCCAAGAUGUUCUUUGCAGGUGUUUCUUUAUUUGCUGCCCUGGGGUUUCUUCUCUACGGUGGAAGGUUAUUUUUAAUGCUACAACGAUUUCCCGUGGAGUCGAAAGGACGUCGCAAAAAACUACAGGAGGUUGGCUAUGUAACAACAAUUUGUUUUGCAUGUUUUCUGGUUAGAUGCAUUAUGAUGUGCUUUGAUGCAUUUGACCCAGCUGCUGAUCUUGAUCUUCUGGAUCAUCCUAUUUUGAAUUUUAUCUACUAUCUGCUGGUGGAGAUAUUGCCUUCAGCACUCGUGCUCUUCAUAUUGAGAAAACUGCCUCCAAAACGUGGGAUCACACAGUAUCAUCCGAUCAGGUGACGGAACCAACUGCUGGAUGAGGUUGACAAGUGCAGGGUUGGGAUAUGAUGAUGAAUUUGGCGCAGAAAAGUGAUGAUCAAUCAUUUUAAUUUUUGUCCAACUCCCACCCUCUCAAUCUUGAGCUUACUCUCACAUGCAGUUGACAGUUUUUCUCUUUGCUUUCGGAAUCAUCAAAGUGGAAAAUGUAGUUUCGAAAUUAAAAGUGCAUAAUCUGUCUCGUCUGUUCAACCACGUUUUGCCCUUUGUGUGUGUGUAGGUGGGUGUGGAGGGAGUAUAAAAAUUAUACAACUCUCUAGGGGUCUAGUCGAACCAAAGCUUGAUUUGUUUAUUAACGAGCUGAGCCUCGAGCUUUCUCUACUUAUAUAUAAUAUAAGUUGUCCAAGUGAAAAUAUUCUUUUAGGGACCAAUUUUAUUCAUAUUUUACAAGAAA